GUGAGUGAGAGAGUUCAGACAUCAACAUGAAGAUAUAACAAGGUCGCUGUUCUCUAAGGGGCAGAUUGACAUUAACUCACACAUAAUCACGACUCCAGGGAAAUCACAGAGCUCUUUAACAAAACAAGACAAGUGCGUUUUGGCGGCUAUCUGGUGUAUAAUUUCCAGCAGUUUUCCAGCAGGUGUUUAAAGGAUCGUCUUUACACUGUCAACGGGGUUCAUGAAACUUUGCUACGAUUUACGAGCUGGGGCUACCAUACACAAUGUUAAGGUAAAACCUAAAGCAGCUGUGUUGAAUAUGCUAAAGCGGCUGGAUAAAAUCAGAUUCCGCGGACCAAAGAGAGAUGACUUCCUGGAUCAACCCGAGUCUCCCACAGGGUCAGACACUGAAUGUAGUGAUGAAAUUCUGUUGAGACCUCGGCCUUCAAUACGAGACAAUGAUGAGCAAAGAGACCCAGUGUUGGCAACAUGGAUUUCAAAUGACAGAGUACUGUCGAAUACAACGCCAAGAUUCUUAGCUGAUGACGAGGAUUUUAUGGGGCAUCCGUCAAUCGUUAAGCAGUAUUCUUGGUUGUUACGCAUAGCAGUUUUCGGUCCAGCUGGUUCAGGGACUCUGGCUGUCAUGCAAGACCUGAGAAGCGAAUCAGAACGUCUUAAUGAGGUCAAGGGUCAUUUGGAAAUUGCCUUACUGGAGAAACACUUUCUGCAGGAAGAAUUGCGGAAGCUAAGAGAAGAAACCAAUGUGGAGACCAUUAAACAGGAGCUGGAGAGGGAGCGCAGCAGAAGACUUGACCUGGAACAGAGGAUGAGUGAAGUCCUGAAGACCAGAUGUGAAGAUUCCCCACCUCAACCUCCACACAAACAGCAACCACCUGCAGCUAACGGCACAGACAAACAGCAGAAAGAGACAGUGUGUUAUCGGCUGCAGAACUGGCUGUAUGAUCGGUUUGGGGUUUAUAUUGAAGAUUUUCGGUUUCAGCCUGAGGAGAACACGGUUGAGGCUGAAGAGCCACUAAGUGCUAAAAGAUUAACUGAAAAUAUGCGACGACUUAAACGGGGUGCCAGACCGGUGACAAAUUUCUUACGAAAUCUUUCCGCCUUAUCCAACUGGCAUUCUGUAUACACGUCAGCAAUUGCCUUCAUAAUCUAUAUGAAUGCAGCAUGGCAUGGCUGGGCCAUUCCUUUGUUUCUAUCUUUAGCCAUUCUAAGGUUGUCACUGAAUUACCUCAUCGCCAGAGGCUGGAGAAUUCAAUGGAGCAUUGUGCCUGAAGUUUCAGAACCUGUGGUUGGAUAUUUCUUUCCUAAAAUAAGAUUCAGGUACAUGACCUUUCUGUUUGUUAGUUUUUUUAAUACUUUAUUGUUUUUCUCUUGUGAUUUCCAGGAACCUCCCAAGGAGGACUUGACUGUGUCUGAAAAGUUUCAGUUAGUUCUUGAUGUUGCACAAAAAGCACAGAAUCUAUUUGGAAAGAUGGCAGAUGUUUUGGAGAAAAUCAAAAAUCUGUUUAUGUGGGUUCAGCCUGAGAUUACUCAGAAGUUGUACAUUGCUCUGUGGGUGGCCUUCAUCACCUCCUGCGUCCUACCCUACAAGCUAAUGGGCUUUAUGAUAGGGCUUUACGCAGGCAUCAAGUUCUUUAUUAUAGACUUUCUGUUUAAGAGCUGCCCGAAACUAAGAGACAAAUACGACACUCCGUUCAUCAUGUGGAACAGCUUGCCCACCGACCCCCAGCUAAAAGAAAGGAGCAAUGCUACUGUGUUACGACGGAUCCAGCCAGUUGUAUCAAGGAGUAGUUUAGCCACCGUUCCCGCCGGUGUUACGCGAGAAGAGGAGAGCAGCCGUUCACACAGCACAAAGAAAGGAGCAUUUCAUGAGAUCUUUAACCUUCCCGAGAAUGAAAGACCUUUGCCUGUAUGUGAGAAUGGAUGGAGAUGCUGUCUGAUAAAUAGAGACAGGAAGAUGCCAACUGACUACAUCCGCAACGGGAUGCUAUAUGUCACUGAGAACUACCUGUGUUUUGAGAGUUCCAGCUCAAAAUCAGGUUCUUCAAAGAAGAACAAAGUCAUAAAACUAGUGGACAUCACAGAUAUUCAGAAGUACAAGGUUUUGUCAGUUUUGCCUGGAUCAGGAAUGGGCAUCUCUAUUGCCACGCCGUCAACACAGAAGCCACUUGUGUUUGGUGCAAUGAUUCACAGAGAUGAGGCCUUUGAGACAAUCUUUACACAGUACAUGAAGAUCAUGACCACAUCCAACCCUGAGACGUAACUCACUCUACAUCCUUUAAGAGGACGUCUCAUUUUGCCAGGACCAUUUUCUUUGGUCUCGUUUACUUUGACUGUGAUUGGAGAACUGUCAGCAUUUGAUCUGACAUGCGGAGCGCGAGUAAGAGCAUACAUUCCUGUGACACUGACUUUUCUUAUUGGAGGAAUGUGGGCAGCUUUGCGUCAUGUGACUGUGACAGUUUCUGGCUUUCAAAAAGUUUACAGACUUUGUGUUACUGUAUGUACUUGUCUCUCCCAGUGAUUCCUGUUUCCACGCUUUUAUCCUGGUACAUGUUAGGGGGGUAUUUUGUUAAGGAAUUUGAUUGUACAGUCUUAAACACUUCAGAAAUACCUUCUAUCUUGUUUUUUAGGAAAGUAUCUAAACAUCUUUAGAAUUGUGUAUGAUAAUAAUUUUAAUGAGAAAACAUAUCUUGAAUGAAGUUUGUUAUUUUAACCUCAUAUAACAGUUGUUUUGUGUUACCACAAUUCAGUGUGUUUAUAAUUAAACCAAGAAAAACUAUUAAAAUACAAAACAAAUUCAAGAUCAAACAAAUCGUUAUAUCUUACACAUUUUAGAAGUACAUUCAAGUUCAUAUUUGUUUUAAAGAUGUUUAGAUCGUUUUACUGGAAAAGCAGAAAAAUAAAUACUGAUGAGAAUGAUCAUUUGAGAUGAAUGCUUUAAAAUGGGCAAAUACAGUGAUUUGCAGUAUCAACAUUUCUUUGUGUGAAAAAAAUGCUUUUCAGAUUAUAAAAAAGUAAGAAAGAUAUGUUUCUUUAAAAAACCUUUGACUGGAUGGUUCUUUGUGUAACAAAAAAUGUCAUUGAAGAACUUUUUAAACACCUUUAUUUUUAAGAGUGCAGCUCUCAAUUUUUAUUUCUACUAGUCUUUAAAUAAAGAUUCUUGUAAUAACUAAAUUGUAAAACUGAAGAAAGCAUCUUGUCCAACAAGAUGGUUGAACAAGCGGUUUCCGGGAAACAGGCUGGAGGAUGGAGGAGCAAAUAAACUAGGAAUUCGAUUAGUAAGAAGCAACCAUAUCCCCCCGCCCACGCAUCACCCUGCUCCCCCACAGCUAAACCUUGGGGCCUCUGGAUUAAUCAACGUUGCCAAAUACCAUUGCUUAUUGCCAUGGGACCAAAUGCAAAAUGUAUGACUUUAUACAAAUUGAAUUAAAAACUCUGGCAAAGGGAGGGAUUUUGUUGUUUGUGACAUGAUAAGAGUGCUGUGGCAAUAGGCUCUGUCACUCACUUCAACCUAAACUUAAAAAAAUAAAGUUUUUGCUGCAGAUCACUGUACUCCUAGGACUGACAAAGAAAAGUGUUUUACAUUUGUUUACAUUGUUGCAGUAUGCCCGCAAAACACACUUCACCUCACCUCUCACCAAAGUAUGGUCGUGUUUUUAAGCAGAAUUUCUUCCCAAGCUUUCUUCUGUGAGAAAGUGGAGUUUCAAAUGGUUUAAAAUGCCUUUAUUAUAAUUGUAGUGCUGACGUUUCUUAAUGCUUUAGUCACUUUGAACUGAAGUAUGCUACAAAAAAAUUAGUUUUACAAUAAAGUCAUUACAAGAUGUAAA